ACUUGUUCAUUUUACGCUUUAUUCACACGGUAUAAUGCCAGAAAACUCGAAUAUUUCAUGGGUUCUUAAGCGCAUUGGCGAUAUUCAGGCCGAAAAUCGCCCAAGACCAUCACCAAAACCAAACGAAGUUGAAAUUGCUGUCAAAGUAACUGGAAUUUGUGGCUCUGACGUUCAUUAUUGGGUUCAAGGCCAUAUCGGUGACUUUAUAGUUAAGGAACCAAUGGUUUUAGGUCAUGAAUCCUCUGGCAUUGUGACAAACAUUGGAAGAGAUUGUAAAAUCUUGAAGGUUGGCGAUCAAGUCGCAAUUGAACCUGGUAUACCUUGUUAUAUUUGUCAUUUUUGUAAAAAUGGUCAAUAUAACUUGUGUAAAGAUAUGAAAUUCGCGGCAACUCCACCAAUUAAUGGUACACUUUGUCAAUAUUAUUGUUGUCCAGAGGAUUUUUGUGUAAAAUUACCGGAUAAUUUUCCAUCACUCGAAGAAGCAGCAUUAAUUGAACCACUAUCAGUUGGAAUUCAUUCAUGUAAAUUAGCAGACCUUAGAGCAGGUCAAACUGUAAUAAUAUUUGGAGCUGGACCAGUUGGAUUGUUGGCGGGAGCUGCAGCAAAAGCAUCAGGUGCUGUUAAAAUUACUAUGGUAGAUAUUAAUCAAUCGAGAUUAGAUUUUGCGAAAAAUUAUGUGGCUAAUGAGGUUGUAUUAGCGGAAAGAGAGAUUCCUCAAGGUUUAAGUUCAGUCAAUUUCGCUAAAAGAUUUUCACAAAAGUUAUUGGAAUCUGGCGUUGAACAAGCUGAUGUUAUAUUAGAAUGCUCUGGUGUUGAAACUUGUAUCCAAACUGGUAUUUAUAUGACUAAGUCUAAAGGAACAUUUGUGCAAGUAGGGAUGGGUAUGGAAGUUGUACCAAUUCCAAUAGCUGAUAUCGGAGUUCGUGAGAUUAAAUUUAUGGGGUCUUUCCGUUAUUGCAAUACCUAUAAACAAGCUGUACAGCUAGUUAGUGCCGGAUUUAUUAAUUUAAAACCUCUUAUAACCCAUAGGUUUAAAUUUCAAGAUGCUGUGAAAGCUUUUGAAACAGUUAAAGAAAGAAAAGAUAACGUUAUCAAAGCAUUGAUUUUAGGAACGGAUACUAAUUAGAUAAUCAACCGUCGUCACGUGAAAAUUAAAUUGUGUUACUCAAUGUCCCAUCAAAAUUGAUUGUUAUUAUUAAGGAAAUAUAAUUAAGAAUAAAAUCAAAAAUGAAUACUGUUGAUA